CUCGUAAAUACCGCUGUGUUUAUUUAGAAAAGCCUAGUUGGUUUCGGUGAAUACGACCUUCGCUCUUCAAUAAUUCGUCCUUCGAGGCUGUUAUUUUAUUAACAACACAGGUUGUUAAAUUGGUGGUAACGUUAUUUUUUUCUUCGCCUACAAACAAUUUGGCAUGAAUACGGACGCCAACACGCCAUCGUCAACCAGCACUUCAGAACCAGCAUCAGUUACUUCGGUAGAGGAAGAUCUUCUCUCUGGCUUCGAUCGAUCUCUUGAUGAAGGUGUCGUUGUGGGUGCCGGGGAAUGGACGAAAAAGAGUCUCAUUCAAUCAAUGUCAAGAUGGAGAAAGAAUUUCCCGAAGGGAGGACGAGCUACCAAAGUCAAGAGAGGAGCAAAAUUUGCUCUACAGUCCGGGAUUAUCGGGUCAAAGGACCUGGCACAUCCACUGAGCCGUACAGGUAAAUUGUUCGGCUGCCUCUACAACGACAUUAGACGCAAAGCGCUGUUUUACAUCAGUGAUCUCGUUCCUGUCUUUGAUGUACAUUGUUUAGCUGCAGUUCUAUUCAUAUAUUUCGCUGCACUAGCACCAUGCAUAACCUUCGGAGGUCUGCUCUCUGAGAAUACAAACGGACAAAUUGGGAUUUCCGAGAUGAUAAUAGUAACUGGAAUCUCUGGUAUCCUAUUUUCUCUAUUUUCCGGACAACCUCUGCUGGUAGUUGGAGCAACUGGGCCUAUGUUGAUAAUGGAAUCUAAAAUAUACGAGCUAGCAAACAUGAUGGAACUUGAAUUUUUGCCAUGGAGAGCUUGCAUCGGCAUUUGGACAGUGAUAAUUUGCUUGGCUUUCGUUGCCUUUGACCUUUGUGGAUUGAUACGACAGGUAACCUGUUUCACAGAAGAAAUAUUUGCCGCUCUUGUGUCUAUCAUAUUCAUACAGAAGGCUAUAUCGUUCAUAGUUCAAACGUUCAUUGAUCAUCCAGUGGGGGAACAUGUUCCACCAAAACAUUGUUUACAUAUUGACCAUGUUUUGAACAGGACUGUACUGCUAGACAAUGCGACGUUUUAUUUGGUGAAAGAAAAUUAUUCCACUGCCGCCAAUCCUGAUCAGAGGCAUCCAUGCUAUUCACUUAUGACGACAAUCCUUAUAGUUCUUACGUUCGUCUUCGCUUUAUACAUCAGAAAGGUGCGCAGUAGCAUGUACUUCACGGUGAAGAUUCGUCGCAUCAUUAGCGAUUUUGGAGUCAUCCUCUCCGUUUUCGCCGUUGUCUUGAUUGACAACACCUUGUCCGAUAAUUUCACAAAAAAAUUGAGUAUAAAACAGGACCUUUUUGUCAGGAAAUGGUUUGUUAAUCCGUUCGGAGAGAGCAAGGCAAUGGGCAUAGGAUACGUUUUUUUGGCCGUGAUCCCAGCCUUUCUGAUCAGUAUUAUUCUUUUCAUAGAGACGGGAAUAACAGGGGUAAUGCUCGACAAAAAAGAACAUAAAUUCAAAAAGGGAUUUGGCUACCACCUAGAUCUGCUUGUUGUUUCCAUUCUAGUAGGCGCUGGUUCCUUACUGCGCUUGCCCUGGAUCUGCACAUCUCCGGUCAAUUCACUGUCUAACUUCCACACUUUAACGGUGCUGAGUUCCGACCAUGCCCCCGGCACCCAUCCAUACAUCGUCGAAGUAAAAGAACAGAGAUUUACCAACAUUAUUAUCCACGUGCUCAUUGGAAGCUCCCUCCUGCUGGCACCAAUGCUUGAGCGGAUUCCAGCAGCAGUUUUAUAUGGAGUGUUUCUCUAUGUUGGCUUUACAUCACUUUCAAGGAUGGAGUUCAUUCACCGGAUGCAGUUGCUUCUAAUACCAUAUAAACUGCAACCCGACACACGCUUAGUGCGCAAAGUAAGAACACUUAAAAUUCAUUUGUUCACGUUGAUUCAGCUAUGUUGCGUGGUCCUGCUGGCCGUUAUUAAGGAAACCAAACUUGCUGCUAUUUUCCCAUUUUUAAUUCUAUGCCUGGUUCCUCUAAGAAAGUGUUUGAGAGUUUUCUUCAGCGAAGAAGAGUUGGAAAACCUUGACAACACAGAAGACGAGGACGAACUUGGAGUAUCAGAAGAGGUGGAGAAUGGUCGUGUUUCAGUGCCAGCUUGAAUUUGAAGCGGAACUGAUUUUAUUUCAUGUAAUUUGCUUUAAGAAAAAUCUGAUGGUUGCAAGAGAGGCUGCUAACUUGGUUAUUGUUUUCUCAAGAUUCGUUUCACGCUCAAUGAAUCCAUUUAUGGCGCGAAACAGAACAUAGGAAUUAUUACUAGCACUUCUCUAAAGCUUUGUAACCUCUAACAUGAACAAGGAUUGGCUGGAACCCCGUUGAUGCACAAUAUGAGGAUGCAUCCACCAAGAGAAAAUAUGUGUGCCUAUGAUGGCCCCUUCAUGACAACAAACCCUAGGAAAAGCGGCCGUUUCAAGCUGCGUACAGGCUGAUUUCCACUAGGCGAUUUUUUCGCGCGAAUCGAAUUUUCGCCAAUGUGAGCAUGCGUGGUGUCAUGUUCUCAAAUUUCGCAUCGAAAAAAUUUCGAUUCGCAGAAAGUAGAUCACGGUCCUACUCUAUCGCUACGACUAUUUGUUCGAUUCGUUCGAAAGAAUUCGGCUAAUGGAAAUCGGGUUUAACAAAUAGUAAAGAUCAAAGUCAUGAAAACUUUUCUGCGUUCGGAAAACAACGUAAAUUUUUGUAGUAUUUUCACGACAUGCCAAAAUAAAUUAUUACAAAAACUUAGAUAUUUAAAAUAAAUCAAAAAUUUUUGGAAAAGUGCUAAGCCACUUUUCUCCAAAAAAAUUACAUACUUUGUAAACAGUCACGGUGACGGAAAGUAACACACUAAUUACUGAGGACAAAGAAGUAAUAGAAAUCUAUAUGGACUUUUUUUAAACCUUACAAUUGGAAUUAACGAAUCUAAUGAUAAUAUGGUCUCUACGGAUUGACUUUUAGAUCCGGUUGAAAUUCCAUCAGAAAAACCGUUUUCAUCUUGGUAUAAAACUCAUAAAAGAGGACGUACAAGAGCAUAAAAGAGGACGUAUAAGGCAUCUCUGAUUGACAGCAUCUCUAACAGGAUUCUAAACAAACAUUCUGGUAUAUAACAAUGAUGAUAUAAUACCUAUGUAUAUUAACUAUCUUGUAAACCAGCUGUAAAUAAAGAGAUCAUAAUUAAUAUUAUCAUCAUUCUCUGAUAUAUUACAAAAACUCUUAAACUAUUCUAUCAAUAAAGAAAUAUUUCUUUCUAAACUGAUAAAGGAAAUGUUACGGCUGUCUUUAAAAAGCUUGAUCCAUUGAAAAGGGGAACUAUCGACCAAUAACUGGUUUGCCUCCAAUAUCAAAAGUUUAUUAACCUAUUGCUCUUUUAAAGUAUUGCUUGUAAUCAAAAUAAGAUAUUUAAAUAAAAUAAUCAAUAAUUUGGUGCCAGUUUUUAUGUUGCCAUGAAUUUGUGCAAACAUAGUGUUCACAGAUUCAUACCUGCCGAUAUGAAAUAUCUAACUGAACUCAGACCUGCGUGAGUUUCAAACCGGUCCGAGUUUAAAACCGGCCUGAAAUUUCUCAUGUGAAGGACCUCUGAUAUUCUUGUAAAAAAGGGUCACCACGUGACUCACUCUGUAUCUCUCCAGGCUAAGUAUCUAAAGGUAUGUAAAGCUUAAGAAGUCUCCAUUAUUAUGAAGAUCAUAAAAAAUUUAUAAUCAGCGAGACGAAACAAAUCGAGGCGAGACAAAAUAGUCAGGGCUGUUAGCCAAAAUGUUGUGCAAAAUCGCAUACCAGCAUGAAACUUCGUCCACAAGGGUAGUUUUGGGCGCUGAACAAGAUAGGAUGCAGACCCCAGCUGAGAAAUGCCCCAAAAUGCUAUUUUUAGACUGUUGUACUUGUUCCCAGGCCCCAAAAGUGUUUUUUGUAAAAAUACUGCUGCUAGUUGUGAUACCAGCAUGAAAAUUAGAAGAAAUGGGACAGUUUGGUAUGCUAAAAAAGAUAGGAUGCAUACCCCAGCUGAGAAAUGCCCCCAAAUUCUAUUUUUAGACUGUGAUACUUGGUCCCAGACCUCAAAAGCGUUUCUCCUAAUAAUACUGUUGCUAGUUAUGAUACCAGCAUGAAAAUUAGAAGAAAUUGACAGUUUGAUAUGCUCGAAAAGAUAGGAUGCAGAUCCCAGCUGAAAAAUGCACCCAAAUGCUAUUUUUAGACUGUGAUACUUGGUCCCAGGCCCCAAGAGCGUUUAUCCUAAUAAUACUGCUGCUAGUUGUGAUACCAGCAUGAGUGAAGCCUUAUGUGCUGAUGUAGGUAAUGAAUCAGUUAUGCGUGUUCCGCUAAUGAGCAUACUGAUGAAAGUGACAAGAGAUGGGGGUACUGAAGCUUUUUGAGAUGCAAGAAAUUAGGAAGGGUCCUCAAUCUUAUGCGAAAAUACAUGUUUUCUAAUGAUAUUGGCAGCUUUAGAAAGGCAAAUUCCAUCAUCCUGGUCAUUCUCUAGACAUGCCUGAUAAAUCGCGGUACCGGUUUCUUCCUUGGGUGUUAGGAGAACAUUGUUUCCUUGCUUUUCUUCCUUGAGCUCUGGGAUGUGAUGUAAGAUGUCAUUCUUCAAACGAGUACUGUGCACAUUCUUUACACUUUCUGCAGUAGCACCAUGCGCCACAAGACGAUCGCAAAAGAGCUUUUUGAUACAGCUUAACUUGAAUACGGAAAUAUUCUUGGAAGAUUCUACCAUGUCCCUAAGAUAAUCAAUAAUCUCAGCCAACACUGCCCUUUUUCUAAUAGCGUCCUCUGUUUCGUGAACAGAUUUUGUUCGAUGAAAGCUUUUCAGACGGUUGUAAAGAGCGGCAAGGCAUUGCUUGUGAUAUCGGGCCUCAACUGCUACCAUGUCACCUUCGCUUAACUUGGCUAAGAGUUUUUCAUCAAAGAGCUCUUUUACCGCGUCACGAGUGUUUGAGCGUUUGUCAAAUUCACUUCCAAAUCAUCCUUUUUACAAAAAAAACACCUAACUUUGAAAUUAUCUGCGCUGUACCUUUGGCGUGUGCUAGGUGGGGCCUGAGCGAUUUCAACAUCAGCUGUUUCUUUCUUUUUUCCUACAUACCCUUUGGUAAUGGUAGUCGUUAUAUUUAUUUUUGCAACGCUUAUGGAAUUUUGCCUCAUUUUGCAAAAGAUUGCCAGCUAAUACCUCGUUGCUUGUUAAGCCUGUCCUUGUAUCAAGGAAAGAAGGAAGCUCACCAAUGCCCUGAAACCUUUUAAGCUGUUCUGCAAUGCUUUUGUAUCCUGAACCUUUAUCGGAGUGAGUGCCUUUCCUUGCUGGACAUUCUAGUACCUCUGAUGUCGUUUCUUGGCAAAAAAACAACUUUCCCAAUUUGUCUCCAGUAUUUCUUUGCUCAUUGAACUAGGUCUGGUCAACUCGCUAUGGGGGUUAACCAGUUGAAAUAUUUUCUUAGACAUUUCCACGUAUCAUUGUCUUAUUUCUCAAAAAAACGUAUAUGAAUUGUUUGCAAUUUCGAUGGCCCCAUCGCUAUUGUUAAACAAGACAAUAGAUCCUAUCACGAAAGUAAACUUUUGAAGGAAAUGGAAUGAAACCAUUACAACAUCCGGUUCAUUUACUGGGUUUGAAAAGGAAGGUAUCAGAUUUCUUCCACUAAAAUUCUGUUCGACUACUUUUUUAAAUUAUUUAAGCUAGACUGCACAAAACCUUUAUCAAUAUUCUGCAGGAGAAUGAAAAAAGAUUCUUAAUUCCCUAUGUUAAUUUCCUUCGAAAACCAAAAUAAAAGAGUUUAUCAAAGUAAUAAGGAUAACCACUUCCGCGGACUUGGACCUAGGACAGCGGUCUAAAAAUAGCACACAGGGGCAGUUCUCAGCUGGGGUUUGCAUCCUAUCUUUUCGAGCAUAUCAAACUGCCUUUUUCUUCUAACUUUCAUGUUGUUAUCACAACUAGCGGCAGUAUUUUUACAAUUAACGCUUUUGGGGCCUGGGACCAGGUACUACAGUCUGAAAAUAGCAUUUGGGGGCAUUUCUCAGCUGGGGUCUGCAUCCUAUCUUUUUGGGCAUAUCAAACUGCCCAUUUCUUCUAACUUUCAUGUCGUUAUCACAACUAGCGGCAGUAUUUUACAAUUAACGCUUUUGGGGCCUGGGACCAAGUACAACAGUCUAAAAAUAGCAAUUGGGGGCACUUUUCAGCUGGGGUCUGCAUCCUAUCUUUUCGAGCAUAUCAAACUGCCUUUUUCUUCUAACUUUCAUGUUGUUAUCACAACUAGCAGCAGUAUUUUUACAAUUAACGCUUUUGGGGCCUGGGACCAAGUACAACAGUCUAAAAAUAGCAUUUGGGGGCAUUUCUCAGCUGGGGUUUGCAUCCUAUCUUUUCGAGCAUAUCAAACUGCCUUUUCCUUCUAACUUUCAUGUUGUUAUCACAACUAGCGGCAGUAUUUUUACAAUUAACGCUUUUGGGGCCUGGGACCAAGUACAACAGUCUAAAAAUAGCAUUUUGGGGCAUUUCUCAGCUGGGGUCUGCAUCUGAUCUUGUUCAGCGCCCAAAACUACCCUUGUGGACGAAGUUUCAUGCUGGUAUGCGAUUUUGCAUAACUCUCUCAAAAUCUGAGGCUAACAGCCCUGACUAAAACGGAAUUGAAAGUAAAGAACGCCGUGGCAUUUCUUACUUUUGGAUGGUGCGUUUAUCAGAGGGCGGCUUUUAAUACAAAAUGAAAAGUGUGUCAAAUGAAAAAUAACAAGAAAAGUGCAACAAAAAAGAUAAAAACAAACUUAAAACAAUGUAAAAACGAUUUUGUGAAAAAUGUUCGCAAAAUGGCGUGUUCGCGAUAUAAAAGUGUCAAGGAAUGUCAAUCUCACUGUCGUCUCCGUCAGAGUCCUCGUCUUAUGACAAAAACUUUCAUAGCUUCCUUAACUGUUCGUUAUUUCUUGUUUGGUCUGUUUUGAAAUAAACGCUGCUAUUCAAGAUGCGGCGUUUAAAAGCAAGUGGCGUUUGUCAGAGGGCGGCGUAAAUUACAAACGGUUGGCUGGACGUGCGACGUUCAUUAUAGGAAAUACGGUAUGCAAAAAAGUGCCAGGAAGAGAAAGUCUGCAAAGAUGACAUCAUUUCUUUGACUUGUCUUCAAUCUUCAUGAAACCACAUUAACAAAACAGCGAUUAUAACGACGCAGAAAACAUAAAGAAUUUAUCAAAGACCAAAUUAUUAAGAUUAUAAUUUACAGAAGGAAGAUGGAUGCACCAUGGAAUGUGUGUCGAUAUUUUCAGGAUAUAGCUCAACCGUUGUAUGCUGUAAACAGGAUGAAUAAAUUAUAUUUUAUCCUCAAAAUCUCUUCACAGGCUUCGGGUUAACUGAAAAUGCGAAGGCCUUUUUAUAUCACACUUAGUUCACACUUACAAAAACUUUUUAACCGGUAUUUGCAACUUUUGCAAAGUUUUUAGAUAAAAAGAAGAAGUCGUGCAAUUGUUUUGAAAUGUCGCUUGGAAAUGAAUGCGUGAUUCUUUAGAUACAUAUCUGUGGAUCUUUUGGACUUAUAGUACUAGACCAAGGAACCUACAAGGGAUAAACUAAGAUUACUAGGGGCAAUACAAUAACUAUGGAACCAAAACUAAAUGCUAUAAACACAAGUCAGACUAAACUUAAAACUUACGUUAAGAUAAUUAAUGAAAUGACUUAGGCACUUGUCACCCACCAUCCCGUUUAUCGGCUUAAAACAAUGCUAUAAGUUAUUAAGCACAGUAUGCAAUGCAAACUUACAGAUAAAACUAAGAUUUGUUUACUAAAUAUCUAAAGGGAUUCUUACUACACAAAGUAUAAAGUAAACCUACUCUAUUUACAAAAGCAAAUAAUCACAAAAUGCGAGAUACUAGGUUUUGCCUGUCUGUAUUGGUCUACUUGAGAGGUGAGAGAGCUUUACGUUUGUCUCUCAUUAAAACAAUGGACUAAAUGACCCAUUUCAUUAAAACAAUGGACUAAACGGCACAAAGCUCCUCUUCUUGAGAAUUGUUAGAGAGAAGUUCAUUAGCUACAUAAAGCAGAUCGAGGUGCCAGAAAUGAAUGUCUUUAUAUCAGAAAGACCAAUUGAGUAGUUACGUAAUGAAACCUCAAUCGAGGGUGAAAAGAACUAGACAGACACAACAUAACUUGCAUUCGAAAAGCAUAAAGGUAUUUCACUGCAACUCUGUCUCUAGCUUACGUAAAACUCUAUCUUGUGUGAUCAUCUUUAUUUGUCAUACAUUCGUCCAACAACCACUCUCCAUCGCAGUCACCUCCGUUUCAAUGCAACCAAUGGAAAGCUUUCCCUAUUCUUCUCUCGUCAGUCGUGUUAACCUGUCUGUCACUUUAUACGAAAUUCUUGAAUUCAGAACUCAAAGUCAUGAAGAACACUUGAGAGCCAGUACCAGAUGUCGAUGCAAAAAACACCUGUAAGAAAAUAUCUGAACGUCAGCAGAUGACAUAUCAAAAGAAAAAAGACCCGAUGAACUAGAGGGUUAUGUUGGUGAUGGUUUUUACUGCUCCCCCCAACCCCAACCAGAUCUGGGCGCUAAUGAAUUGAUUAGUAACAUCAUCAGAUUUAAGUUCAUUUCUUAAAACAUUGGGAUAUGUAGUCAAGAAACCAUUUACAAUUUUGUAUUUUUCUUGUAUUUACUAUUGCUUAAAAAUAACACGGGCGAGCACUGCCUUAUCUGCAAAGCUGUUAUUCCAAGUCAAACAUUGACACAACAUUAAGUAAACAAGUGUGCUAUAUAAUGGCUAGCAAAAGGAAUUUCGGAAAUAAGCAUGCCAACUAUUUCCUACCUUUUCAUUCCUUUCACAUAAAAACCGGAACAUCUGCCUUCUUUUCUGCAUAAAAACACUGUCAAGCGUUCCAGUCUGCAGAUUACGAACCUCUAUAGCCUUUUCGCCCCAGCCCAUGAUCUGAUUGGAACCAACUUGAGCUAAAAAGAAAAAACAAAUCAUGAUGAUAACAAAUAGAAAUCCAAGGUAACGAUUAUUGUUUAGGGUUGCCAAAAUAUAUUGAAGAACAUUCAUUUAGCUGUAGUUCCAAACCGUACCAAAAAGACGCUAGGAAAAGCUUGUGCUAAAUAAAUGAUAAAGAUUUAAGUGUCUAAUUGUCUUACCAACAGAGUGAGGCGGUUCUCCCCAUCUUAUGGUUGCAUCUUUAACCUUUUUCCCAGCAGUACUGAAAUAGGCCCCCUCGUCUUCGUAGCACAAUAAAAUUGUACGCCCGUUGCUUCCAGGGAGUGGUAUAAUGGAAUGUGCCCGAAUCGGUUCGCCCCGUAACGGAACAUGAAUGUCGUAAACCGAGGCUGAAUCUAGAUCGACACCAUGGAAACCUAAAACAAGCAAUUAGAAUGAUACAAACAUUGCGUCACUAUUACACGAGUAAAGCUCUACUGGCACAAAAAUUACUUUUGGUACCCGCUAUUUUCCGAGAAAUCUGGUAGAUUUCCUAGAAUUUUUGCAAUGUUUCGAAAAUUUCCAGACUUUUAUUCAGUAACUAAAUAACAAAUUACUACAAAGAAAUGAUCGUUUGGUAAUCAAAUGAUUCAAGCAUUCACACCUAUUUCGGAAGCGUAUACAACUCGAAGCUUGCUAUUAUCUGUCUCUAUUGCCAUAUUAACCAGAAGAGGACGAUGUAUCAGCGUUCUGAAGGACUAAAGAGAAGUAAAUACUCAGAUUAAAUAUCAUCAAAUAUUACUUGAUUUAGUGCACAUGACACUGCACAAGGCUAUCUUUAGCCUGGCUUAGCUUGUAAAAAGUUUAGAAACUCGUUUUUUCGAAAGGAAAUCAUAGAAUAUAAAACUGGUUUAAUCCAAAGCUAGAAAUAGUCAAUUAGACAUAAAAAACUCUUCUUUGUUACCAGACACUUCAAACAAUAAUGAAGGGCUUUCAUUGAUUUUUGAAAUAGAAGGCACACAUUGUGUAGUCUUACUAAAGUGAGGGUGAAAGUAGGCGGCAAAUGUUUGGUGAGUAAGCGGCGGACUUUUAAUGAAAUCCGUGGUAAUGUCCUUAGAUACAACUUAAAUCCAAUAUAAAAUGACAGGAACUUGAAAUAACAGGAGCUAUGGUACUCCAGAAUAACAAGAGCUAUGACAUUGUUUUCACUACAUUCUGUGUUAGCAACAGUUGAACCAAAAAUGGAAGCCUACGAAGAUAUAGGAGGCAACGUGCCCUGGCAAGACAAAAAAUAUUGUAGGAGAUGUUUGAAAUGCAUCCAAGUAGCAUAGCUAAAACAGACAAAGAAAGUUAAUAAGAUUAAAAACACCUAAAAAGCGUUGCCGUCAAGCUACAAUGGUGGAACGAUCACACUUUGCAACAACGGUAUUUAUGCGGAAACAGAUUCAAUGGAAUUGAAACUUACCUUAAAUGCCAUGAACUUGUGGUACGGUUUUGGGGCCCAUGCGUAAACCUCGAUGGCAAAAUCGACUGCAAUUGCAAGAAACUUGAUUCUGUGAAAAUUCACUGAAACGCAAAAAGAAAAAUAUAAUACAGAUCCAAUCCUUACAUUAGCUGUCUAUCACCUUGAGGGGGUAAGUUAAGGAGAAAAGCUACUAUAGUUGAUCGGUGGAAUAAUCAAGAAGCUAUGCAAAAAGAAUACUAAGUUUGUGAAUUACCGAGUUUAUAGUGGGUGCAUCCUUGCAAAUCACCAACUGUUGUGUACUGUCGUUGACGCUGUUUCUCCGACUGAAAAAAAAUUCACAUGAACUUCGCGAAGAACAGUUGCUUACCAAGCUACCAAGCUACAUCUUAUCUUCAAGAGGCAACAUCUGUACGUUUACGAUCGUUUACGACAAUCCACUUGGUCGCUAACAGAGCGUUUUUGCCUGUCCACACGCUAACGCCCAAAGGACUUAAAGCGAGAAAAUGACAUCACAUGAUCUUGAACCUGAUGCCCAUGCAGGAGCUACCUCUUAUGCCACUAAUUAGGCCACAUUCUUACAACCUUUACCUUUUCGGUUUAUGUAUUCAACUGAAUUGAUAGAUUAUUUUUUAAUGUCGAUAUGUCUGUCUUGUCGUAAUUUAGUAUUUCUCUAUGCAAGCUGAAUUUAUGUCGAUAUUUGCACACAAAGGUCUUCAUAUAUUUUGCAGUCGUGUUAAUGGCUUUCUUGCAUAGAGAAAUAAAUAUAGCUGAAGAAGAUUGAAUCUUCUUUUCAGAUACUCCGCGUGCAACCUAAUUAUAGUAAUUUUGGUUAUGAUGUAUGAAAUUUAUGCAGAAAUAAAGCCAAGCAAAAGAAAAAUAACAAAAGACUGUCCUGAACCGAGUAAACUUAUGAGGUUAUAUUUUUACCUUGACGCUUACUGUCAUUUUAGCCUCUUUAUACAAACAGGCAAGAGACUGUGUCACAGUUUACAAAAGUAUCCGUUUACGACCAUCUACACGCAUAAAAUUCAUACCACCCACUUCGGAAAGCGUUUUCAAAAGUAUCUUUUUGUAAUGACCUUAAACGCCGUUAAAAGGUGGAUGGAAGAGGUAAACAUGUAAGAAGCAUUCGUUUCAAACCUAAACGUAUAAAUGUGGAUGGUAUUUUAUUAACUCAAGUCGUUAAGUAACCAGAUACCAGACGCAUUGACUGUAAAGUGUCUACCUCAAAGUAAGUGAGAGUCGAGGGCUUUGGAACAAUGACUUGGAGCGGAAAAUGGCGCGAAACCUCUCACCCCAGCUUCUCAACAUGUGACAUAAGUGAAAGUUGAAAAAGCACGCCAGACAACGAAUAUACCAUUUGUAUUGAAUAUUUGGUCUGCACCCAGGCGAAGGCCGUUGAUUCGAUAUUGUCAAUAAAUAAAAGAGUUUAUUUUUAUAUAAUAAGGUGGGCAGAACAACGAAAACUAUAAAACCUAGCCUGUUGAUAUGAUGCACUGAUGUACAAACGAUGGCUUGAAAUAUUUUGAAAAUUGCUGAAAGACUCCAGGUGACAAAUAGGUGGGCUUAAAGAAUGAGAAUAAUGUGGCGCCUUCCUUGCAUUGAAAAUUUCAUUUCUGGCAAUCUUUGUUAGGUUGAUAUGUAAAUAAUGCUUGUUGAGACUAUGUAAAUACUGGUUUAAAGAAAACUGCCACUUGUAAAAAAACACGCCUCUUGUAAAAAAACAUGCCACUUGUA